ACUUCUAUUUGUUUUUGUAUGUCAAUAUGAUAUUCGAUUAAUUUUUGUAAAAUAAGUUCGUUUUGUUGUAGACAUAAUUUAUGAUAGCUUAACAAUGUCUGGAAAUGAGGGAAUGGAUAGUUUAAUUCCAAUUGUUAAUAAAUUGCACGACGCAUUUACAAAAUUAGGUGUCAAUUUAUCUAUUGACCUACCACAAAUAGCUGUAAUAGGCGGACAAAGUGCUGGGAAAAGCAGUGUUUUGGAAAACUUCGUUGGAAAAGAUUUUCUACCCAGAGGAUCUGGCAUUGUGACCCGUCGGCCUUUAAUUUUACAGCUCAUAAAUUCUCCACAUGAAUAUGGUGAAUUUUUGCACGUUAAAGGAAGAACCUUUACAGAUUUUGAUGCUAUUAGAAAAGAAAUUGAAGAUGAGACAGAUCGUACCACUGGUACUAAUAAAGGAAUUUCACCUCAUCCAAUUAACUUGAGAGUUUAUUCACCACAUGUUUUGAACCUCACUUUAAUUGACCUUCCCGGAAUGACUAGAGUUGCUGUCGGUGACCAACCACCAGACAUAGAACAUCAAAUAAGAGAUAUGCUACUUACAUAUGUAAAAAAAGAUACUUGCUUAAUUUUAGCUGUAACUUCUGCAAAUCAGGAUAUUGCAACAUCAGAUGCUUUGAAACUUUCAAAAGAAGUUGAUCCUGAAGGUCUUCGAACUAUAGGUGUAAUUACAAAAUUAGAUUUGAUGGAUGAAGGUACAGAUGCUCGUGAAAUAUUAGAAAAUAAACUCUUACCCCUUCGAAGAGGUUAUAUUGGAGUUGUAAAUCGUAGUCAAAAAGAUAUUGAAGGCAAAAAAGAUAUAAAAGCUGCCCUUGCAGCUGAGAGGCGCUUCUUUUUAAGCCAUCCUUCAUAUAGGCAUAUGGCAGAUAAAAUGGGCACGCCUUAUCUUCAAAGAGUUUUAAAUCAACAGUUGACGAACCACAUCCGUGAUUCUCUACCUACUCUGAGAGAAAAACUAGAGAAGCAAAAGAAUCAACUAGAAAAGGAUGUUGAGCAGUAUAAACAUUUUUCUGCUGAUGAUCCCUCAGUUAAAACAAAGGCAAUGCUAAUGAUGAUUCAACAAAUGCAGACUGACUUUGAUCGUGACAUUGAGGGUUCUGGUUCGGCUUCUAUUGAUACGCAUCAACUCACAGGAGGUGCCAAAAUAAAUCGCCUUUUUCACGAAAGAUUUCCCUUUGAGAUUGUAAAGAUGGAGUUUGAUGAAAAGGAAUUACGACGUGAAAUUUCGUAUGCGAUUCGAAACAUCCAUGGAAUCAGGGUUGGCUUAUUUACUCCUGACAUGGCUUUUGAGGCUAUUGUUAAGAAGCAAAUCUCCAAGCUUAAAGAACCUUCACUGAAAUGUGUAGAUUUAGUUGUUAGUGAACUAGCUAAUGUUGUAAGAGCUUGCUCUGCUAAAAUGAACCGUUACCCAAAUUUGCGAGAUGAAACAGAAAGAAUUAUAACAACCCAUAUACGACAAUGUGAGCUUAAAACAAAACAACAGUUGUCUCUUUUAGUUGAUGUUGAAUUAGCAUACAUGAAUACUAACCAUGAAGACUUUAUUGGCUUUACAAAUGCUCAAGUACAUGCAGAAGCGAAUACAGGCAACAGAAAAUUAGGCAAUCAGGUAAUACGUAAAGGUUGGAUGUGUAUUCAUAGCUUAGGCAUUAUGAAAGGAGGCUCUAGAGAUUACUGGUUUGUCUUAACCUCAGAACUACUUACAUGGUAUAAAGAUGAAGAAGAAAAAGAACGGAAGUAUAUGCUGCCAUUAGAUGGUCUUAAAAUCAAAGAUGUUGAAGCUGGAUUUAUGUCAAGACGCCAUACAUUUGCUCUCUUCAGUCCUGAUCAGAGCAGGAAUGUUUACAAAGAUAACAAGCAGUUAGGGCUAUCUUGUGAAAGCCAGGAAGAACUUGACAGCUGGAAAGCUUCUUUCUUAAGGGCAGGCGUCUAUCCUGAACGAUCUCAACAAAAUGGGGAUGUUGAAGACACUGAAAACAUGUCAUCAAUGGACCCUCAACUGGAACGUCAAGUUGAAACUAUUAGAAACUUAGUGGAGUCAUACAUGAGGAUCAUAACAAAAACUUUUAGAGAUCUUGUGCCCAAAUUUAUUAUGCAUUUAACUAUAAAUGAUACCAAAAAUUUUAUAUAUACAGACCUGUUAGCUAAUUUAUAUGCAUCUUGUGAUCAGUCCCAGCUAAUGGAAGAAUCUGCAGAAGAAUGUCGCAAAAGGGAAGAUAUUAUGAGACUUUACCAAGCGUGUAAAGAGGCUUUAUAUAUUAUUGGGGAUGUUUCAAUGAAAACAACUUACCAACCUUUACCACCCCCUGUUAAAGAUGAUUGGGUACCACCACCUGAGUCACCUGGUACUCAAAGAAGAAAUCCCACGUCUCGAGCACCACCUCCACCACCAGUUAAUCGUAAUGCUCCAUUUCUGCCAAAUAGACCUGAACCAGCUGGUCCUAAUCGACCUCCACCUGCUGCUCCCCCCAGAGUUGUACCUGGUGGUCUACCUCCACCCCUUAUACCAACACGUGGCUCUGGUGGAAAUGCUCCCUCCAUUCCCCCUCGUCCUUGAUGUCUUCCAUCUGUGCUCCACUAACAAUGUGUACUUUGUGCUUCACUCAAACAGCUGACUAAUAUUUAUAACUAAUCAAUGUUCUUGUUUUAUUUUCUGGGGUGUGUGCAAACUACUUUUUUAUUCAUGCUGAACCGGUGAUUAUGUUAUUCAAAGAUAUGUUCUGAAAUAAGAAAGGAAUUGAUUCUUCCUACGACUGAUUUUUUUUUUUCCUCAAUGUUUUUGCAUACAAUUUAAUUAUUAUGUACAUACACUUAUUAAGUAAUUUUAAAUUGUUUUGAAUUUUAAAAACAAUAACAAAAUUAUUUUAAUCAAAUUGUCUUCAAAAAUAUUUCUUUCAUAUAGCAAUUUGUAAGGCUUACUAAGUUAAUUACAGUUACAUUAUUUCAUGUUAAUAGCUACAUACAUACUAAAGCAAAUAGAUGUACUAAAAAAAAAAAAUUCUAAACAAAUUUUUAACAUAUCCUUUUUUUAGGAAAAAUAAUAAUAAUGA